GGUUCUUUUUGCAUCUGUGCUUUCAUCACUGUGGCACCACUCACAUUGUUAUUGAUUGACUUGGUCAACUGUACCUACUGUAUCUGGUUUGUUUCUCUUUCCACAAAUACUCUUUAUAGGUUUUCUGAAAAAGGCACAGCAGAGAGAGGUACACAGGGCAGAGGAGGAAGAAGUGCUAGAAGAGGACAUUCCAGACCUCCUGCUACAGAAUCCCGAGUAGGACAGCGUGAUAAGAGAGGAAAGAAUGUUCCUGUGGUUGGCAGUAAAGUGAGAGGAAAGGACCGUUUGACUGGCCGAGCCAGGAGAUGGGAUGCUAAAGACGAAGCAGAGCAAUUACAGCUGGGUCCAGACACCAGUUUGGAGGAGUUUUUGGAGGAGCUGGAUACUCUGUGUGAUCCUGAGGUCAGCAGUAACAGUCCGGAGCCCGAGACCCAGGAAGCAGAAUCAAGCAUGGCUCUGGAGACAGCUACAACAACCAGCCAUGUUUCUACACCUAUAAAACUAGAGAGUCAACUUCUUUCUACAGAAUCCUUUAACAAGACCAUUUCUAUCUCCAAAGUAGCUGAGAAAAAGGUCCGUUUUUCAGAAGACCUCAUUCAGGGAGCUUUUGAGAAGAUCUCGAACACAGAAAAGACAGAGAUCAAAAACAGUUCUUUAAAAAACAUGCCACAAGCUAAAACGGUUCCUGGAGCGCAGGAUACCCAACAGGAAUUGGAUCAUAAUCAGGAAGGAAUGAAAAACAACCAGGAACAAAAGGCCACAGACAUUCUCACGGAUUCCCAACCCAAAACACCAGGGCAAUUUGAUUCGCAGGAGACAAGUGUUAAAGAACUGAAACCGAUGCCUGACAGCUUCGUAAAAGAAGAAACAAAGAAAGAGAGCAAAUCUGAAGAAUCGGCUUGUGACAGGGUUGGCUCUCAAAACAGCACCGAUGCUACAGCUUCUACUGAACAGAACAUGUUUCACAUGGUGGAGCCUCAGAAAAACAUCACCUCCAGAAAUACAGAUGAGCUGAUUGACUCCAGUCUCUCGGUAUUGAGUUUGGAAUCUGCAGAUUCUUCGCCUGUCCACAGCACCAGCACUGAAAAGGCUAGAGAGAACGGGAAAAUAGUGUAGAUGGCCUCCUUUCAUGGUCACAUCUGUUCGAGAUGGAAAACAGAAACCAAACAAAGCAAAAGGCUGCGCUGCAGUUUGCCUGUUUUAGGCUGUUCCAGUUUUAGGAAUAGUUAGUGUGUGUGUAUAUAUAUAUAUAUAUAUAUAUAUAUAUAUAUAUAUAUAUAUAGUGGCUAUUACAGAUGAUUGUCAUUCAGAAAGAGGUAGAAUGCACAGUUCCAUGUGGAUUGGCUUACUCACUGGUCUUAAACAUAUACUUGGAGACAUCAGGGUGUGAUAUUGGCUUGAGCAGGUUAACACCCAUUAUAAACGGCAUUACAUGGAACAUUUUGUUUUAAAUUAAGUGGGCUGUUUAUUUCAUGACGAAACAUUUGAUUUAAUGUUGAAUCACAAACUUAAAUUUUGUUGAUUUGUCUUUAUGAGACAUGAUUAGAUUGUGGUGCCAUUUGUGUUUCACUAUUAUAAAAAAAAAAAGAUAGACCUUUUUACAAAGGUUAAAUGCCACGUAUAAUAAGCUAUACGAAUAUUUCCGUGCUCUUUACAUUUGUUGAUCUUGCUCAUAGCAAUAAAGACUGGUUAUACAUGUACAGCCAAGAUAGCAGGGAAGCUUGCCAGUCUUGACCACUAAACCAGAGCCAUUUCUCCCAAUUUCUAUUGGAAAAAAUAGAAUUUGCCUUAACAAAUUAGUUAGGUAGGAGUUUAUGUACUAGUAACACAUCUAACCUAAAAACUAACCUAAAACUUUAAUAAAACCAGCAUUUUUGAAUGGCAUAGCCUAAUAUGCAUUACUGUACAAAAGUCUUGAGCCAACCCUUAUUUCUUUAUAAUAUGCUUUCAAAGAGCCAGACUUUUAAAUUAUAAAUUAGUCUUGAACAAUACAGUAGUUCCCCAGCUUUCCUGAAGGACGUUUAUGGCUCUCAUUUCAAGUUUUUGGCUGUCUUUUUUAAUUCCAUCCCUGUACCUAAUCAGCUUUGAAAGAAUGUUUUUUGUAUUUUUUUAAGUGACCUAUGAAUCAUUCAAGCAAUAAGAAUCAUCUAACUUAAGCCAUGAACCAGUGAAAAGCAGUUGCAGAUAAUGACAGAUGAUUAGGCUGGUGAUAAGUAAGAUACUGCUGAUGCUGAUAUUGAAUGCUGAGUUGUUGGAAAAGACGAGAGGGAUAAUGAGGUUGCUGCUAAGGUUGUUACGUUAACAACCAUUUUUAAAAUUUAAUCUUUAGGCACUUUGCAGCCUGUCAAAUGUAAAACAUUUGUUCCUAUUUCUUUAAAUUAAUCUACAUCAUUUAAUUUAAUUUAGAAAUAAUGGCUCCAGACUUUUGGACAGUACUGUAAGUGCACUUUACCCUAAAUAUUGUGUUUAAAACAUUAUUUUUGCAUUAGUGUGAAAAUCUAUUUAAUAUCAUGGAAAAGUUUUUUUUUAUGCUUGAAAUAUAAUUUUCUAUUAGACACCCCUUUUAGAUUAUAAAAAAAACAUGCAUUUAUGUAUGUCACAUGAUAUUUUUCUACCCCUAAAACCUGAACCCAUUCAUCUCUAUGAAAUAGUUGGAAUAUCCCCAAGCCAGGUGUUCAACAGGAAAUUGCAUCAUAAAAAAUUUACAAAGAUCAAAAAGAUACUUUAAUUUAUUUGUUUUUCUAGCGAUAUUGUGGUUAUACUGAUAUGAUACAACACUUACUGGAAAUACAGAUUAAAUUUACGAACUUAAAAAGUAGUAAAAUCCCUUAUUUUCCUAAUGUAGGCUGACAUGCCCAUGCUCUGAACUCAACAAGAAUAGCUUAUUGAGUCUAAAUACAGCUUAAAACAAUCUUAAACACAAAUAAAGUACAGGAGGACAAAAAAUCCAGUUUUUUCCACCAAGUACAGGAAGGACAUGCAAACUUCAUGCACACAGACCUCACUUGUAUUUCCAGGGUCCAAGAGGAAGUUAAACCCGAACCCUGGAAAUACAAGGUGACGAUGCUAACCACUGAGCCAUCGUGCCCAAUUUUGUUCUAAUCAUUGUUAAAAUUUAAAUUAGAUGUAAACAGUAGUAGUAACAGUAGUAGUUUUUUUUUGGCCUUUUAUUAUUAAUACAAAUAGUAUUGUUUUGUAAGGAGAUAAUUUAAAUUAAAGGAAAUGAUUUGGUCAUAUAGUUUAUUGAGGCAUGUUCAGCUUAACCAUAACCAGAUGCCUAAAGGCCUUGCUCCUGCCUCAGUGUCCUCAAAGUAAAAUUUUUAGUUGCUGCAAAGGUUAAAUGGCACCCCAAUCAAUACCCUUAUGUGUUUUCUGCAUUAAUGCAAUGAAGCGUUCUGCAUCAUGAAGGUUUGUUGUUUAUUCAACAGGGAAUCCAAGAUUCCAAAAAUUCUUAGUUAAUCAUUAGUAUAUCAUGGGAGGCAGCGAUCAUUAAACACCUUUAUAUAAAUAUUUGACACUGAAAAAAUGAUUUGUGUACUGCUUCGGCUAAAAGAAAGGUUGUGAAUAAGAAGGAAAGGAAAGUUGUUUAAAUGUACUGGAUCUACAUUAGGUACAUGUCUAAAGGUGUAUACUGUAGGAUACAAGAUAAAUUCUCAAGGUUUUGUUGAAUAUAAACACAAUACCAAUAUUAGAAGUGACAGACCAGCAACAUUAUAACAGCCCAUAAAUUUAAUGAACCACAAAUGUAAAACAAAUCUGUAGCUUUUACAGUGCGAAGGGGGUGUCAAGUAAAACCAGGGCUUUUAAUUGUACAGAAAAACAGAACACGAUUAUAAGGGUAAAAACUCUCUUUAUUUCUCUAUAUAACCCCCUGCUACUCUAAUGCACUUAGAUGCCAGCAGUUCACUAGUGCUUGGUUACCAACUGCUUUACAGUUGAAAACCUGGCCUCCAAAGAACUCCUUUGAAGAAACUCCUGGCCUCCAAAAUCCACCUGUAGGUCAGAACUGUACAGGGGACUCCCAGCCAAGUUCCUUUAAUGUAAAAGUGGUGUCCGUGAAUGAUUUGUGUGUACAGUUCCCACAGACAAAUGCAUCUCUUCAGCAAGUUGGUGACAAGUAAUUUGUUGAUUUUCAAGCCCACCUCAUUCAUGGACAUACAGUAUUUUUUAUAAGGCUCCUAUAUUAUAAUGCAGCGAAGAGUCAAAUCAGUGACUGUGCUUAAGGUCUUCUAUAAAUGUCAACUGUUAAAUUACUUUCAAUAACAAAAAAAAGUUGUCCAUGUUAAAAGGAAACCAAUGAUCAUUGCUGUUUUGAACCCUGUUUUUUUAAAGGUACUGUAGUGUAUGAGACCCAGUCAAAUGAAAAUCUUGUGCCAAGAGUAAACAGUUAAUUUAAUUUAAUUAAAUUUUAUACAAAAAAAAAAAAAGGUUUGGUGAAAAUGUAGGUAUGAUGCACCAUAAAAAACCUAUUUGUAAUAAACAAUACAAAGAUUGACUACGCUUGUAGAUUUAGUGUAUAAUUUGUCAUUUAUGGCAUUUUUAUUUUUAAUUUUCAGUCAGUUUAACAAUCAGUAGCAGACAUUUUGUAAGUUCUAUAAUUACUUGACAUGAGUUUGAAAUGUAUGUGGCACAUAUUAAAUCCUUUUCGAUUUUUAUUUCUGGACAUGAUAUUAUUAGCUCAAAUAGCCACCUCCCUAUAUUUUAAUAGUGUAACUGACAUAAAUUCUAGCCAUUAUAUCAUAACAACUGGAAAACAGACACAUGAUCGAGAAAUGGCCACUUGCACCACAACUGCUCAGUAAUUGCUACUGAUCACAAAGAUGCCUAUUAGUCUGGAUGUUGUGGUUUGAAGGAGACUGUGUGCAUCAUGCUAAAAGCACUUUGCAGCAUAUUGAAUGUCCAAAUUUAGGUAUUUUUUUAAAAGGAUGUUUGACAUUUGACAUUUCAAUUCACAACCAAAAGCAUUGAACACUCACAGGAAAUCAACCACAUGAUCCAAAUUGUGUACCCGCUUACGCACACACACAGUUCUAUACACCAGAUUCAUCAAUCACAUGCUACUGAUUUUUCUAUUUUUGUAUGCACAUAUUUUUGGAAAGUGAAAUUUUGUGCAAAGACAGUUCAAGCAAUGUUUACUGCUUUUAAAGUAUGUUUAUACGCACUUUAUUUUGUAUAAAUGCUUGCCGUGUUUAAGAAAUGUUACAAUAAAAUCAGAAAAACACUGUACACUGAAAUACAAACCCUUUAUGAUUAAACAUCGUUACAUAAUAAAAAGUCCAGGAUGGAUUUUAUAUUUGCACUUAUCGUGAAAUAGGCCUGAAGCUAAAUGCUAAUAAUAUACAUGUUUUGAUUUAUGUUGAUAAUACUACAGUAAUAUGAAUUGUUGGUUACGAAGAAGGAAAACUCCACCUGAUUCCUGAGUCAGGAUGAAAAAUAUAUGUACCUCUUUGUAGUAUUAAAAGUCACCCAAUAAUAUUUUCAUAUGGGAAAGUUAUUGCUAAGUUACUGAGUGUUUCAUGGUAUGUUGUUGCAGGCCUUUUCUGAACAUUUCAUUAUUAUGAAACAUACGUAAUGUUUUUUCCUAACUUAAAUCUGAAAUUUUCCUGUUCACUUGAAUGUUGCUUUUUUUUUUUUUUUUUUUUGCUUUAUUUAAGCAUGGAUUAAGUGACUCAUUUAAUAUUUAAAUUUUGUACAUCAUCUUGUAAUUAAUAUAUUGCCACUGUCACUUUGUGUCCAGCAGAAUUUCAAAUGAGUUUUGAUUACUACAUACCAUAUUAAACAGAUUUUGCCUCACA